AUGCAUAUCUGCAUAUAUUUUGUUUUUUUAUCUCUGCUUGACAUCAAGGGUCUAAUACAAGGAGAUCCAUUCCAGGCUCUAAGCUCCUGGAAUGAUUCCAUUCACUUUUGCGAUUGGCGUGGAGUCACAUGUGGCCAGCUUCGUCAAAGAGUCACUGUCUUGAAUAUGUCAUCAUUUCACUUGGUUGGUUCUCUAUCUCCCUCCAUAGGAAACCUUACCUUUCUCAGAGAAAAUAUUCAGGAUAACAACUUUCAUAGUACGAUUCCUGAAAAAGUAGGCAGACUUUUUCGGCUUCAGUAUCUUCGUUUUGCCAAUAAUUCCUUUGAGGGAGAACUUCCAUUAAAUAUCACGGAUUGUUCAGAGCUAAGUAUUCUUGAUUUAAGGGGUAACAGGCUCAUCGGGGGAAUUCGAGAUGACUUGAGCACUUUAUCUAAGCUUUAUGCUCUGAGCCUUUCCAGGAAUAAUUUCUCAGGCAGCAUUCCACCAUCUAUGGGCAUUAUUCCUGAUUCCGUGGGGAAACUUGUCAAAAUGCAGGAGCUUUAUCUGUCUGAAAAUAGCUUCACAGGAGAAAUUCCUUCAACAAUCGGUGACAUUUCUGAACUACAGAUUCUUGUAUUAGAACAGAACAUGCUUACAGGUAACAUUCCUGUUUCUUUGAGUAACUGCAGUAACUUGCAAGGAUUUACUGUUAGUCAGAAUCGCCUAAGUGGAGCUUUACCUAAAGAACUUCUUGCUCUUUCAUCUCUCUCUCUUGGCCUCCUCUUAGCUCAAAACCAAUUCACCGGAUCAUUACCAUCAGAAGUUGGCAAUAUGAAGAAUCUAGUGUCAUUGGAUAUUUCAGAAAACAAAUUAUCUGGUGAAAUUCCAACCUCUAUUGAUGGUUGUGAGAUGUUGGAAUAUCUUAGGUUGAAAGGGCAAAUUCCAGCUUCUUUGGCAAAAUUAAACUUCAUCAGCACUCUAAAUCUUUCCUAUAAUAUGCUAGAGGGUGAAGUGCCAAUGGAUGGGAUCUUUGCAAACUCUAGUGCCCUUUCAGCACUGGGGAAUGGAAAGCUAUGCGGAGGAAUCAAAGCAUUGAACUUAUCAUCUUGUCCUAAACCUACCAAAAAGAAAGCAAAGCUGGCUACUCGUAUAACUAAGAAGCUCAAAACAACAAUUACCUUUUACCUCUGCAGUAGAAAACAGAAUCAGAAGCUCUCAUAUGCAGAAUUAUAUGAUUCCACCAAUGGUUUUUCUUCAGAAAAUUUGAUUGGUGAAGGUAAAUAUGGCUCUGUUUACAAAGGGGUCCUCAAACCUGGUGAGCAAAUGCUGUUGCUGUUAAGGUUCUUAAGCUCCACCAACAUGGUGCCCAUAAGAGCUUCUUGGCUGAAUGUGCAGCAUUGA